CUCCUUUGCAACACCCAGCCUAUGUUGAAAAACAUGUCUCCUCCUCCACAUUUUCCGUGUGCCAAACUGACAAAUAUCCCCUGGGAUGUCUCCCAAAAUGACGUCCGAAACUUUUUUGGAAACUGCCGACUCCCUUCCCCAUCCAGAUACGCACAAGCCAUCCAUAUUUUGAUGGAUCGGAGCACUGGCAAGACGUUAUCGGAUGCAUAUGUUGAAUUCAACUCUGUCGAAGACCUUCAGCGAGCUAUUGAAACACGCCAUCAGAAACCAUUGAAAGGGCGCAUUGUAUCCGUGAUAGAAUGCAAGCAAGACGAGUUAUUGUCGGUCGUUUUCUCCAAAUGGCGCGGUCAGUUCCAUGGUGUGAAUGCCAUCCCACCAGCUUCGGAUGUCGUCAAAAGCAUGUCCACUGCAGCCGGUGGUGGUAGUAGCAUCUGUCCACCCUUCAUGACACGGGAAGAGAUCAAUUCGUUGCUGGUGGUCUGCAAAAACUACAAGCUUCAUUUUUCACGAAAAUGUGCCGAGCGGCCGUUUGAAAAUAUUAUCACAGUGAUUACCAAGUAUCCAUGGCAUCAAGCCGACCUUAUCACCACCAUGCAUCGUGAUCACAUCUACGAAAUGUUAAAAUUGGCUAUUGAAUCCCUCAAGACGCAUUUGGCCAAGGAUUACGUUCACAUUGAGUCAACACUGCUUGAACGUUUAGCACGGUCGGGAGUGAUGUGUCCUGCGUUUACCGAGCGACAGAAACUGACUUUGCUUCAAACGGCUCGAUUGGAGUGUCCAUCGGAUAUCGCCUACCUCAUGACGCCUUCCACACCAGUGUUCAGUCCCUUGCACACUGUUUCCGAUGGGACUGAUUAUUUUAACCAUCUCAUGUCGAAUAACACUGGAUUGCCAUAUGGUUUGAAUUCCGCCACGUUUGCCGGUACACCAUGCUUUUACUCACCGACCUCGCCUACGUCUUGCGGUCUAAAUGACCCAAUGGUAAGUAAUCAUCUGAGUAACGAUAAAAGCUGCAACUAAUCAUUGGCAACAAAAUUUUCAGCCCAGUCCGUAUCCUUUUUCUUCUUAUCUCAGUGGACGAUCGGCGUAUUUGCUAUCGGAAGAGGGUCGACAGCAAGACGAAGCACCUUACCCUGAAUUGAAAGGAGAUAUCAGCGAAGACAAUGAAAUCUAUGCCCUGAUUACAGAUAUUCAGCAUUGUCUGGAUUUGGAUAAACAAAAAGAUUCAGCAUCGUAUUCGUCCACGUCUUCCUCUUCGCCAGAGGGAGGAUCAUCAUCAUCUUCCACAUCUUCUGCCAACGAUAUCCUGGAAAGAGCGUCAUCGCCCACUUCGUUGCACCAGCAGCAACAACAACAACAACAACAACUUGCUCAACGACCGUUGAACCUUUCCG